CGCACCGCAGGACGCAUGGGUGAGAACGGCGAGUAUAAACCAGAGUCAAAGCCGUGGAACUUGAUGAUCAAACACAGACAGAUUCAUAGACGAGGACGACGCUCACACAUGACAGUCAGCUACACGGAUCCUCAGGUGUCCAUGGAUCUGCUGAGGGCGGUGCUUCAGCCGAGCUUCAACGAUGACAUCAUGGCUGUGUUCAAGAAGUACCAGAAGUUCUUUGAGAAGGCGGCGGAGAAUGUGAAGGAGAACGUUGGAGACGAGGUUCACACUGAUCAGCUGAUCAGGGAGACCUGCAGGAACAUUCUGGAACAUGCCAAACAGCUGUUUCCAGAGGUGGAGGUGAAGAGGGGUGGGGCAGAAGUUGCCAUCAAGAGGCCCAGACCUGGUGAUGAAGACUGCAGUCAGAGAGGAAGCCCCCUCCCGAAGAAGAGGAAAGCUCGUCCAGGUGCUACGCUCGUCUCCUGUGAUCGACCUCAGACUUUCUCUUCUCAAGUGAAGCUGAAGUCUGAUCCCAUCAAGAAAGAAGGACCAAAGUGGGAUCCAUCCAGACUGAAUGACAGCAGCACGUUCGUUCUGGGCUCCAGAGCCAAUAAGGCGCUAGGGAUGGGCGGGACCAGAGGACGCAUCUACAUCAAACACGCCGACCUGUUCAAGUAUGCAGCAGAUGCAAAGGACAAGCAGUGGUUGGCUGAAAAACACCACAUGAGAGCGACAGGAGGGAAGAUGGCCUACCUGCUGAUUGAGGAGGACAUCCAGGAUCUUUUCCGCAGUGAAGAGUACAAGGACUGUCCAGAUGUCAAGAUGGACGAGUUGAAACCAUUCUCAGUUCCUCCAUGGAUGGUGGAGAAGAUGCAGAGAGCCAUGGAGGCACAGAGAGACACCGAUCUCUGACCAACCCCCCCACGCAUUCCCACACACACUUAAGCACAUGACCUGACCUCUGGCACCUGAUCCAACAAAUGAACUUUGACCUCUCAUCUUAAAACAAAAAUCACUGUAUAGGUCUAUUU